AUGGAGGCUGUUCUGAGCCGUGCUGAGGCGAAGAUCAAAAAGAUCUUGGGGAAGAUAAAAGACAAUGCCCUCCACAAGGAAGUUGAUACUAUCUUCAAUAUUGCGAGGACUGAGAGCAGGAGGGCCAUCCAGUCCAAGAAGGAGCAAUUGCCCCAUAUUACCGUCACAUCUCUCAACCCCCAGGACGUCUCCAACAUCUUCGGGAUCAAGGAAGGAGGAGAAGAUAAUCCUUGGAGAUUCACCCAAGAUGAGUUGUGCACGGUCCCCGAAAAUCUCAAAUAUAUUCUCGCGGAUUACGAAGUUGCUACGGGCGGCUCCCCCGAGAACGAAGCUCUCAUGAGAUGCAGAAUCGACGCAAUUCUCUUGACCUGCCUAGCCGCCCAGAAGAGAGCCAGUGCCCGGGAUUCUAGUUCAUCGAUCCUAUCCGUUCACCUCCAGUGUGAGAUUGACAUGCUGCUGCCAUGGACAUAUCAGGGCGAGCGAAAGAUCGUCUCGGGUACAACGGACUAUUCCCUUUGGUAUCAAGCACCGCAGGAGAUGGAGUGUAAUCUUCUGGUGGUGGAAGCAAAGAAGAAGGGGGUCUCUGGCGACUACCAAGCAUUGGCCUAUAUGGCGAUGCUUCAUCAUGCGCGAAAGGAGAUCCAGCGGAAGGAUGCUUCGAUCUAUGGCAUCGCCACUGACAGUUUCACGUGGACUUUUUUGUAUCUCGACAAUAGCGGAAAGUGGAGCAGACGUACUUACCAGUGGGAAUCUGGCCAGGGGAAUUUAAUCGUUUCUAUGAUACAUAAGAUUAUCCGCCGAGCCGCGUCUCUGUCCAAGCAAGAGCUCGAAACGUCUGCUACUAGCACUGGGGUGAAGAGAACUCUUAGCGGAAACAGCAAAUUGGAGGGAUUUUUCCACAGGGAAACAGUUUAG